GCGUCCUCUGCCGCAGUCUCCGGCCUCCUCAGCUGCUGUAACUCUCGCCUGUUGUCUGCAGCCACACGGACGGAGGGGCUGUCGCUGUUGUCACUGUUGGUAGAAGAGUCCUCUACAGAUGUUUUCCAGCAGCACUGUGUGUCCUGGAUCCGCAGCGUUCUGCAGGUCAUACAGUCUCAGGAUCCUCCACGGGUGGUCGGCCUGGCAGUGUUUGUGCUCCGCUCUCUUCUCGCCCAUUCCUCUGCACUUCCCGAAUUAUCCCGAGAGAUCUCCACCAAUCAGAUCCCAGGACUCCUCACCUCCUUACUGGGCCUGAGACGCCAGUGUCUGAUGCCUGCCCUAGAGGGAAUCCGCUCCUGCCUUAUCUCAUACCCCCGGGCCUGUGGUUCACUGCGGGGGAAGCUCACAGCAUUUUUUCUCAGUCUCCUGGAUGAAGAAAAUUUGCAAGUCCAAGAGCUGGCCUGCCAGUGCUUCUCCCUCCUGCCCUCUCUGGGCUCCGGCUUCACACAAGGCGUGAAACACACAGAGAACUGGGAGCGACAAAUACAGAGCGUCCUGUGCUCGCUGCACGCCGUAUUCCAGCAGCUGUACCAGGCGGCCGAGACCGAAACCACCCGCUAUGAAGGUCCCGGCACAGAGCUGGAGCUUCCGGUCCUGGAUGAGGAUGAUGGGGCUUCUAGUAUCCUUCAGCUGGUGAGGAGGUUCACAGCCCUGGGACAUUGUGUUCGUCUGCUAUUAAGAGAACAGUUCCCAGCUCCUGUGCGGGUUCCUGUCUCGGACAUCCUCAAUCUGGUAUGUCGGGCGGUCAACGUGAGUGCCAAGAACUUGAGCUGGCAGGGAGAUGAGUCUCUGAAGCUGCUUCUGCUGCCCAGAGUUCACAAGACGGCCCUGGAUAUCCUGGAGGCCACCAUCUUAGCGUGUGGCCCUCGGCUCCUGCCGUUCUCUUCUGUCAUCUGCAGGUUAUUUCCACAAGUUCUCAGCUCCUGGGCAUCUGUCAGAAAUUCAGCCGGGUUUCCGUCUGGGCAGGAAAAACCAUACAGCUCGCUCAGGGUGUCAGUAUAUCAGGUUAUGGAGCACUGGGUGACCAUGUGUGGCGUCUCCUGUGGCAUCUUACAUGGGCAUGUCGCACCAUCUGAUGUCUUGCUAGCACAUCUCCUCAGUGAUAUCACUCCGCCAGCAGACGCUGUAAAGGCAGCUCUACGGGUUCUGUGCUCCAUUAUUCUCUAUGGAGGGUCACUGAUCAAGGAGGAAACUCAUCGGCGACUCCAAGAGCUGUCCAUUCCUCUUCUGCUUCGUCUCCAGCAAGGUCCAGAACAAUGGGUCGGUCCCUACGCCAACAGUGAGUGUCGGAAACAGCUGUAUCGGUUGCUUCUGUCCCUGACGUUGACCCCCAGCCCUCGGCUCCCUCCACCGCUGCACUGUGCAGUCAGGAUCUUCAGAUUGGGGCUGACGGAGGAGAACUUGCAGGUGUCCAUGUUUUGUGCUGAGGCACUUGCUAUCUGCAGGGUCUUAAUUCACCCACGUGUGCCCAGCCUCCAGCGCCCGCUUCCACAGCAGGCGGGUCCUCGACCUCCUAUUCAAGCAGAUGUACCAGCCCAGCGACCCCCGGCUCCCCCGCUGACAUUUCCUGCCCCUUUACCUGUAAAUCAUCUUCCCGUCAGGACCCCGCUCCCUCCACAACCCACAGAGCCUCCAGCUGCCCCAUUGGUUCCAUCGCCGCACGAGACUUUUGGUGGGAAGACCCCACGUCCCAUCUUCAUCCACUAUGAGAAGGAAGAAACGUCUGAUGUGGAGAUUUCCCUGGAGAGCGAUUCCGAUGACAGCAUAGUGAUCGUUCCUGAAGGUCUCCUACAGAAGCCUGCCCCAAAAUCUGAACCUUCCCCACCCUCCGCCAAACCCCCUACUGAAGAGACCUCCACACCCGAAGUCCCUGCCCAGCCUGUUGUGCCAUCACCUACCGCAGCGGCGGCAGUACCACCACUGCCGGUCUGCCCCGGUCCUUCUCCUGCUCAGAUGCCAGUUCCUGCAGAACUACCUCCGCCACCACCACCACAGGCCUCUGCCCCAUCCGAGGGUGAUAUGGUCAUCAACAUUAAUAGCACUGAUGAAGAGGAGGAGGAGGAGGAGGAUGAAGAUGAAGAAGGCAUGUAUGACGAUGAUGAGGAAGAGGAAUACUAUGACGAGGAGGAGGAGGAGGAAGACUUGGAAGGACUGGAGGACGAGGAAGAAGACUUUGAAGAUGAUGAAGGAAUGACAGAGGAGGAGGAGGAUGAGGAGGAAGACCUGGAUGCUGAGGGGGAAGAGGAUGAAGGAGAAGAGGAUGGGUUAAUUGCGGAGGAUAUGCAGAUGGCUCCCUCCAUGGACUCCAUGCAAGAACUAGUCCAACCCGUGCUGCACAAUGCGGAGGCAGAUGAGGGCCCCCCGCGUCUCUCCCCCGUCCAGGAUGAUGGUGGAGACACUGACCUUCUCAUGCUGGUGGAGAGUGAAGAGCGAGAGCUGACAGGGGAGGGUGGUCAGGACAGGGUCUCUGAAAAUGAAGUCACCUCCAGCCCGUCGCCUCCCCCAAUACUGUCUCCACCUCAGGCUGCCGCCCCCAUACGGGAGGACGAGGAGGAGGAGGAGACUGUAGUGCCUGACAUCACAGAGAGUGAACCCAUCCCGGAGGCCGAACCCCCUGCUGUGGAGGAAGAGCCGAUCAGAGAGGUAGAGGAGGAGGAGGAGGAGGAGAAGAAGCAGAAGCCACUGGUCCUGGUGGGGGAAGAGGAGGAGGAGGAUAAUGCCAUAGAGGAGACGGAGGACGACCUCCGUGAUGCAGAAUCCAUGUUGGCGGACUUCAUUGACUGCCCGCCAGAUGAUGACAAAGACCCCACACCCCUGGUCACGUGACAUCACUGCCUCCCUCACCCUGCUCACUGCUACCCUUGACCUGUUUUUUUUUUAUUUUUUGUUUUUUUUCCUUUAAAUAUUUAAGUGCCCACCAUCUAUGGAUGAUGGUCUGUCCCCUGCACCCCCCUCCUCUUUGUUUAAACUACUCCCAGCUCCACCUGUGGUAAAACAACAAAUCCCAGCUCAGGGCUUGAUGGGAGUUGUAGUUCUGCCAUACCUGAAGCUUUGUAGUUUUUAUUUUUUUAUUUUUUAAACUUUUAUCACCCCAUCUGGUUUUUUCGUUGCGGCUCCGUAUGUAAAUUCUGGGCACGGCGGGUAUUGAUAUUUUGGGGGGAGGGGAUGGCUGCUGGCAGGUGAUGGACGUCUGCACUUAGUUAUAUGGAUGCGUCAAAGGUUUCUUCGUUUUUGUUUUGUUUCACACACACGACAGAUUUUUUAUUUUUUGUUCUUUUUGGCAAUAAAAUCUGGGAUG